AUGCAAAUAUGUAGAUAUCAAGGUCAUAUUGGUGCAGCGUUGAUAGUUGGUGGCUACGAUGUAUCUGGACCUGGUCUGUUCACCAUACAUCCUCAUGGAAGCACGGAAAAAUUACCAUACGUGUCCAUGGGAAGUGGUUCAUUGGCUGCAAUGUCUAUACUUGAAAGUAGAUUUACCAAGAAUUUGGAGCGGGAUGAAGCCAUUGAAUUAGCCAAAGACGCUAUUGAAGCUGGUAUUUUUAAUGAUCUUGGAUCCGGUUCGAAUGUAGAUAUUAAUGUAAUCGUAAAAGAUAAAUAUACACCUAACUCUUAG